AUGUUCAAAACACCCUUCAAUCGUUUAUCCCAAACCUCCGCUCAUUUCAUAAAAACAACAAUUUCACGCAACAUGUCCUCAGCACGGCCAACAGGCUUAAUCGCCAAAUCCGGCAUCGAGCUCCUUACUUUCGGAACCCCCAAUGGCCACAAAGCUUCAAUUCUGCUCGAGGAGCUGAAGGAGGCCUAUGGCAAGGAUUACACAUUUCAAAGCAUCAAUAUUAUGGAAAACAUUCAAAAGGAGCCGUGGUUCACUGAAAUCUGUCCCAAUGGCAGGAUACCGGCCAUUGUUGACCACGACCGUAAGGAUUUUGCCGUCUUUGAGGGGGCUGCCAUCUUGGCGUAUCUUACGAGGCAUUAUGAUCCGGAUCAUAAAUUUAGUUUCGCGGAUGAGGAUGAUUAUAGUAGAGCAGAGCAGUGGAUUGCUUGGCAGCAUGGAGGUCUUGGACCAAUGCAAGGCCAAGCCAACCACUUCUACCGUAUAAUCAAAGAUAGAAUCCCCUACCCAACCCAGCGCUACGUCGGCGAAGCCGAACGUCUCUACGGCGUCCUGGACAUCCAGCUCAAAGACCGCGACUACAUUGUUGGGCCGGGCCGCGGAAAGUACUCCAUCGCCGACAUCGCCUCGUUCGGCUGGGUCAACGUCUCGUACUUCGCCGGCAUCGACCUCGACCAGUUCCCCAAUGUCCAGAGAUGGUGGAAGGCGAUUUCCCAGCGUCCUGCUGUGAGGAAGGGGACUCAGAUUCCGUCCAAGAGCCAGGUUGUUAAUGAGGCUAUUCCGGAACGCCUUGAGACGGAUCCGGAGUUUAAGGCGAAGGAUGAGGAGGUGAAGAAGGCGGGUGCGGAGGCUAAGAAGCUGUUUAAUUACAAGUUUUCUGCUCCGUAG